CCAGGACACGCUGGAGGGACUAUGUCUCUCGGCUGGCCUGGGAACGCCUCGGGGUCCCCCAGGAAGAGCUGGUGGAAGUGGCCGGGGAGAGGAAAGUCUGGGCCUCCCUGCUUAGGUUGCUGCCCCCGCGACCCGACCCCCGGACAAACGGAAGGUGAUGGAUGGAUGUUCUGAAGUGAUGCCAUCGAGGCCAUCCAGUAGUGAUUUCUAUACCAAAUCGUCAUGGUCGAGUACAAAGUAGAGGUGACCACUGGUGAGUGGGUGCUGUCUGAGACAUCUGACUAUAUAUAUGUCACACUGAUUGGAACAGACGGGCAGAGUAACCGCACAAACCUGGACAACUAUGGUCUGGAUUUCCAAACUGGGCAGACAAGCAGCUACAGUGUCACCAGCACCUCGUCUCUGGGGCGCCCCCUCCUGGUCAAGCUGGAAAAAGAACAGUUCCUUUACUUGCCUGAAAACGAGUGGUUCUGCUCCAAGAUCGUCGUUACAACCCCGGAGGGUGAUGUCAUCCUGUUCCCCUGUUACCGAUGGAUUUCCAGGGGGGAGGUUGUAGAGCUCAGGGGGGGGCAAGCCACCAAGGUUUUUGAGGAUGAGCUUCCUUUAAUGGUUAAGCACAGGAGACAGGAGGUGGAGCUUCAUAAGCAACUGUUCAAGUGGGCUGAAUAUGCAAAGGGAGUGCCUUACAUUAACAGCAUCACUGACACCCUUUCCCUCCCUUCUGAAGUCCGAUUUUCCUUUUCUAAACUUGGGGACUUCAUCUACACCAAAUCCAUAGCUUUGGCUGAGCUCAACCUUAAGGGUAUUGCAUCCUCCACUGAGCACUGGAAAACCUUUGAGGACAUGAAGGAGGUCUUCUGGUACAAGAGGACACCCAUAGCCGAGUACGUCUCUGAGCAUUGGAAAGAUGAUGAAUUCUUUGGGUCCCAGUAUCUUAAUGGAACCAACCCCAAUGUGAUCCAAUGCUGCUCAAAACUUCCCCCCAACUUCCCUGUCACUGACAAGAUGGUACAGCCCUUCCUGGAGUCUGGAAGCUCUCUAGCCAGAGAGACCAAGGAAGGGAACAUAUUCAUUUGUGACUAUAAGAAACUAGAGGGUUUGCCAACCAGGGUUGUCAAUGGUGAACCUCUUCCUCUGACUCCAGGACUCUGUCUUUUCUACAAGAACCCAGAGGACAAAUUGCUGCCCAUUGCCAUCCAGCUGGGACAAGUACCUUCGGAGCAUUGCCCCAUCUUUCUGCCUAGCGACUCAGAGCAUGACUGGCUGCUAGCCAAGUUAUAUUUGAGAUGUGCAGACUUCAAUGACUAUCAGAUUACUCACCAUCUACUGAACACCCACCUGCUGGCAGAGGUCUUUGCAAUGGCAACCUUUCGGAACUUUCCUGUGAUACACCCCAUUUACAAGAUGCUGACACCACACUUUCGUUACACUCUGCAGAUAAAUGUCCUUGCUCGUAAACGACUAAUCAGUCCAGAUGGACCCCUGACAAACGGUUUGAUAGACGGAAAUGGUCUGAAAGAACUUUUGAAGAGGUCACUGUCGGAUUUAACUUACAACUCCCUCUGUCUGCCGGAGGACAUUACUGCACGAGGAAUGGAGUUCAUCCCCCACUACUACUACAGGGAUGACGGCCUGAAGCUGUGGAAGGUCAUCAACAGCUUUGUCAAGGGGAUGGUGGAGUACUACUACCCCUCUGACAGUGAAGUGUCCAGAGACUCGGAGCUCCAAGACUGGAUUAAAGAGAUCUUCGUCUAUGGUUUUCUGGGAAACAGCAAGUCAGGAAUCCCUGAAUCGUUUCAUACAGUGAGCGAGCUGGUCAAGUUCAUUACAAUGAUCAUCUUCCUUGUCUCCGCUCAACAUAAUGCUGUUAACAUGGGACAGUAUGACUACUCCAGUUGGAUUGCCAACAACCCCUUGUUUCUGAACAACCCUCCUCCGACCACGAAAGGGAGGUCUGGCAUGGACUCCAUCUUGAAGACUCUACCAAAUGUUGGCACCUCAGUCAACAACAUGGCCUCAGUGUGGUUGCUUAGCAAGAAAUAUGAUGACUCUGUUCCCCUUGGAACAUACCCAGAUGAAUACUUUGAUGAGGCUUCUCCCAAGAAGAUGAAGAAGAAACUGCAGACCGAGUUGUCCUUCCUGAGCGAGUUCAUCUAUACAAGGAACUCAAAGCUUAAACUGCCCUACAUCUACUUGAACCCUACACAUAUUGAGAAUAGUAUAACGAUAUGAGUGAUUUUGUCAAACAAUUUUUGUUUUGGAUCUGGUGUCUGUAGCACCCACUAGAGGCAAUUUAUGUUCUGCACGUCUGUAAGUAGACUUUGAAAGGGUGUAGAGCCUGACACUGUGAUAGCAUAAUGACAAAUGUGAAGUAGGACUGGAAGGUUUUGCAUUAGACCUGAAGUUGAAAGGCAUCUGGAAUAUGUAGUAAUGUAUGCCAGGAGAUUUUAAAAUGUAAUGCAAUAGUUUUUUUAUGUCUUACAGGAGAGUCGGGGUAUUAAAAGGAGAGUUGGGGUCCUCCCCCGUGGUAGUUUGUCCUUACUGUGAAAGGUUAAUGUUAAUGCUGUAUUCGCCUUGCUUUUCAAAUAAAGAGAAGAUAGAUUGGA